ACGGAUUCGUUCAUUCUACGUUUUCCUGCGAAUCAUAAAAAAAUGAUUCGUGCGUAGUUCUCUUUUUGCUCGUCGCCACACCGAGCACCUGUCGGCUCGCGCCAGUGAAUCCAAGGCCCAGCGAGAAAUGACUCGUCUAUCGACAUCGACGUUCGUCGCGCAUUUUUCAAUGAUAAAAUUACGUCUCGUAUUUCUUAUCGUAAUUACUAUUUAAAGCCCACCUUACGCGAUCCGAGGGUAGAAAUCUUACGUGCCUCCACCUUUUACGCCGUGUAUUUUAAUAUACACUUUAUAUGUUUAGUAUUAUUAAUAUUUAAAAACAAGAGGCAAAGAGCCAGUUAUUUCGUGCUUAAAAUACACGAAUGUAUUUUAAACUCAGCUGUUUGGCCCUUCUGCCUUUCGUUUUUAAAUAUCGAUUUUUAUCAUUGCGAGCCUCUACGUUCUGUUUAUUAAUAUAUUAUUAUUUAAUAUACAUAUGUAUGUUUGUACGUAUAAUGUGUCAUAUUAUAAAACACGUACACGUGUUCAACAUGUUUUAUUCACGCGUGUAUUCCGACCUCGGUUCUUUUUCGUGGCACGUCGCACUUAAAUGAAAUAUCCUGAAUUCCGAUAUGAAUUAUAUAAAUCGUCUAAAGUGGGCUUAAUGCUAUUUGAUUGACAUAUUUAUCGAGGGGUACCAGAGUCGUGUCUUAUCGACCGGCAGGAUUCGCAAGUGUGGCUGCGUAGUUCCAUCCUGGAGGCGCGUAGACCUCAAAGAUGGCCGCGCCCAGGUUUCUUCUCGACCGAUUGUAUAUAAUAACAGUGCCGUUUCUUUAGCAAAAGUACGUGAGAAAGAGAGAUUCGACAAUUCGGCGGUUAAUUCCUUAAAUUGAAUCGCUCGACGCUGAUGCGGUGACAGGCGUCGAACAUGUUUCAACGCUGUUGCUCGCUCGCGUCGACGGCGCGACCGGUCGCGGCGAAUUUGCUAGCGCGGUUCGUCCAGAGAGGCGACGGGCCGAGGCGGUGCGCGUCGAGGGGACUCGAGAGUAGCGUCGAGAGAGCCUCCUUCAAGCAGAGUGUCACGUCAGGACGGGUGACGGUCAGCAACGGGGAUCGCGCGCUGGAACCGCGACCUAACCUCGACCUGGACACCAGAAUAAACGCGGCUUCGUUUGCCUGCGAGGAGAAUCUCGACGAUGGUGACGUGGAGCCGCCGCGCGCCCUGGACGUGUGCAACGAGGACCUGUCGGACAUCGGCGCGCCUCUCACUCCGACCUUCAGCUUCGCCAAGUACGCGAACAAGUCCGAGACGAUCCAGGAGCUGGUGAAGCUCGGCGUCGGCCUGUACAGGUUCGAGGGGCGGCCGGGGAUGGUGCAGUUUAUCCUGGACCUCGACUACAAGCGGGACGUGAUGCCGUACAUAAGGUUCCUGCACGACUGCGGCGUGCCCGCCGACCGCCUGGGCGCGUUCCUCACCAAGAAUCCCUACAUCUUCAAGGUGAACCUGGACGAUCUGCACACGAGGAUAAGGUACCUGCGGGCGCACAAGUUCAGCAGGCCGAUGAUACAGCUCAUAGUCUGCGGGAACCCCAACUGGCUCUCGCACUCCACCAAGGAUAUCGACAACAGGCUCGGCUAUUUCCAGACCAACUUCAAACUCAAAGGCAACGAGGUGAGACUGCUGGCGGCCAAGGGGCCCAAGGUGGUGACGUACAGGAUGACGCACUUGCUGGAGAACACGUUCAGCAUCAAGGAGGAGAUGGGCCUCGAACCGGAGCAAGUGAAGAGACUGCUUCUCCAGCUGCCCAGGAUAUGGAUCAAGAAUCGCGACAGAUUGAUGAGUUCGUUCGACUACGCUUGCAACGUGAUGCAGCUGCCGCGCGAUAUUAUCGUGAAGCAGCCACAGGUUCUGCUCUGCAGAAAAACGAGGCUCGAGCAGAGGCAUUUGUUCCUGGUGAAACUGAACAAGGCGCAGUACGAUCCCUCCAAACCGAUGUACGUUGCGCCGCUGACCUUGAUCGGCGGUACAGACUUGGACUUUUGUAGAGGCGUCGCGCAGACGUCUAUCGAAGUUUACAAUGCAUUUCUUAAAACGUUUUAAUUAUAAUACGAAUAUAAAUAAAUGUUAGAGCG